AGGUCGAAAGAGGGGGACGCAUGCAACUGUUUUCGAUAAUCGGCCGCGCGUUCCGUACGUGAAAAUCGGACAGUACACUGCCAGUCACGUCUGCGUAAAAACGGAUAUAUGCCCAGAAUAUUUAUUAAGUGGGUGGCUGUGCGUGACUUUUCUCCUGUGAAUAGCUAGCCCCGUAAAUGAUCGGUCGCGGAAAUAGGACGACUUGUUUGUUAACUGAAAACGUCUGCGCCUGAAACGAUAGACAUUGCAGUGUUGCUUCUAGUGAAUUUUUGUGACAACGAACUUAGGAGCGAAAUGUUUGGCAUUUCAAUUUCGAACUAGUGUCACAAAGGCUCGUAAUAAAUAAAAUAGUGCGCGUAAAUAUUAAAAAUGGAACUUUAAAUACAGACUAUUUUGGACAAAAUGCGUGUGACAGCGCGGGAAAGUGGAACUGACAGAUUGGAGUAAUCGAAAGAACGUUGAAGUGUGUGAUAAUGUUGCCGUACCAAGCGGUGGCAAUGGACUACGCGGUGGCGUCCGCUGGUUUCCACCACCACCAGCGACCUGGCGGGCUGCCUGGUGUGAUGGGCCUACCAGGGCCUGGGCCAGGCCUCAACCCGGGGCUUAACACGGCUUUCACCCAUUCCUGGUUCGUACAGACAAGCCCGGAUAUCUGUCGGCAGCAACAAGCAUCCAACCAAUCGCAUCUCGAACCUGGCAUCCUCGAGCUGCGGAAAGAAAAAAGUCGUGACGCAGCGCGUUCCCGACGAGGCAAAGAGAACUACGAGUUCUACGAACUGGCUAAGAUGCUACCUCUACCCGCCGCCAUCACCAGUCAACUGGAUAAGGCGUCGAUCAUAAGGCUGACAAUAAGCUACCUCAAAUUACGUGACUUCUCCGGUCAUGGCGACCCGCCGUGGAGUCGCGACACGCCGCCUACGAGUAAAACCUUGAAAGGUGCUCAAAACAGACGAACAGCUGCAGGGCUGGCUUUGGAGUUGUUUGAGCAACAUCAAGGCACACACAUACUACAGUCUCUCGACGGAUUCGCGUUGUCGGUGGCGGCCGAUGGGAGAUUUCUGUACAUAUCAGAAACUGUUUCUAUAUACCUAGGACUAUCACAAGUAGAAAUGACUGGAAGCAGCAUAUUUGACUACGUGCAUCAAGCUGAUCACGCAGAGAUUGCUGAACAGCUUGGACUAUCAUUGGCGGGCAGAUCUGGUGCGGGUUUGAACAGUCCUGCAUCAGGCAGCGAAGAAGGGAGUCAACACGGAACCAAUAAUCCUGAUGUGUCAGCACAGAUGAGUCUGGCGGCGAGUGGGUCGCUGUACCGAGGGAUGGACCGAGCUUUCUGCAUACGAAUGAAAAGCACCCUAACGAAGAGAGGUUGCCACUUCAAAUCCUCUGGUUACAGGGUAGUACUGAUGCUUUGCCGCCUCCGACCGCAGUAUACCUUUUCACACAGUCGCAAGACUCCUCCAGCACUCUUGGGUAUGGUGGCGUUGGCUAUAGCGCUACCACCGCCGUCGGUCCACGAAAUCAGAUUGGAGUCUGAUAUGUUUGUAACGAGGAUCGGCUUCGACUUUCGAAUAGCGCAUUGCGAGCCCAGCAGGGUGUCAGAGCUGUUGGGAUAUACCGCUGAAGAACUUACAGGGAAAAAUCUAUACGCUCUAUGUCAUGGCGAAGAUGCGAAUAAACUUAGAAAAUGUCAUGUCGAUUUAAUGAACAAGGGUCAAGUGCUGACACAUUACUACAGACUGAUGAACAAGCUGGGAGGCUACACGUGGAUGCAGACAUGCGCCACGGUCGUCUGCUCCUCCAAGAAUGCUGAAGAACAGAACAUUAUUUGCGUUAAUUAUGUUAUAAGCGGACGUGAGUAUCCAAACACUGUGAUGGACUGCUGUCAGUUAGAAGAAAGCGUGCAAGGCGUAAAGCGUGAGGAGACCACAGGGGACCCAGAAAACGGGCCCCCAGAUGCCGACACGCCUGGAGCUCUUCCGCCUCCACAGCGACACACUGCUGAGAGAACCGAGGCACCCAACAACAAUGACUCCGCUUCAACUGCUCCUCAAACAUCUGACGUCACACAUCUAACCAGACUAAACGACACACAGCCAAUACCACUCCACACAAACCAGGAGAGAACCUCCCCGAUGCCAGCCAGAAGACUGAAGAAACGAAAACACACUACGGAUUGUGAAGACGAAGCGGAGAAGGAUGAAGAGAGACGAAAGAGUUCCUCAAAUCCCGGCGCCGCCAUAUCACCCGCCGACCGUGACAUGAAUAAGGCAAACUUAGCUCUUCCAGAAAGUACCGACGCUACAUCCGUUAGAGAUCUAGAAAAUGCUAUGUCCAAGCAUUUACCAUCGGUAGCGUUGGAUGGGAAGGAAAUAGCGCAUCGGCCGACUGAUUUUUCCACUGAUGCACUAUUGAAACAGCAGCAACAGAAAUCGACCAUACAAUGGAUUGGCACUCAAAAUCACCACCUAAACCAUCUAAACCGUCAAAUACCAGGCAAUCAUACAUCAACGCCAGCUUCAGCGUUGUUAAGGCAACUUUAUGCAAAUCGGGAAAGCGUCAUUAGAAGUAAUUUCUUAGGAGAUGGCAGAACGGGAUAUUAUUCUAGCGAUGGUCAGUCAGGACCCUUGCCAACACCACCCGGGAGCGAAGGUUCUGGGUAUGGUGAACAAUUAGGCCACAAAGGAACAGAUAUAGGUUCCUUAGCCUAUGGAGGAUACGCAGAUUAUCAUUCAGCAAUGACUCCGCCGGGGUCAGUAUCUCCGAGAGACAAACAACAGUACGCUUUACCUUACGAUAAUAGUGCUUAUUCCGAAGCAUUAAGGCAUCCGUAUUUAGGAGAGGCUCCGUUGCCAUUGAAGCCUCAGGCAUAUUCGGCGGUUCCUGGUGCUUUGGACUACGCGUCGUCAUUGGACCAAUCACAGUUCUUCCAUCCUCCAUCCUCUUUCCAUCUCUAUCAUCCUCAAGCACAUUCAGCGCAUGCGUCUCACUCGCACCAACCAGUAGACAAGUCCGCGCCACCGAAUACUAAUUGGUAUUCCACCAGCUCAUAGCCAUGUUUGCGGUAGUGACGAAAGUUUUGAAAUAUUCAAAGGAAUUUUCCUUGUAGCGUUGAUUUGUACGUUCGAUAAUUGUUUAUUUAUUGUUACUGUUUUUAAACGCGGUUUGUUAUUUUUUCUAUUUUGAAAGUGGAAUUAGAAUUUCAAUUUGAUAUAGAUUAUUAUCAUUUGAAUCGUACAAAGAAGAAUUUAUGAAAUACUCACAAAUUUUUAACAUGUUUAUUUUUAAAACAUGCCUGUGCCAAAAAAGUAAUACAACAUAUAAAAUUAUUUGAAAUUAACAAUAAACUAUGUUUUAAAUAAAUCUGUUAAAUUGUCUAUACCCUUUGGUCACAAGAUGGCGUCGUGUGUAAUUUUAAUGGCGGUAAAUUUUGAGCCAAAACAGUAUUUCGUUAGUGCGAAUAAAAUGGCGGAUUAUUUUUACCCGCGAGCUAUAUCUAUAGCUUAUUGCAUAUCACUUAAAUGUUUUAAAAUAAGCUUUGUAAAUUAUUGUAAAAUAGUUAGACAUUGUAUUUAGGCGAUGUAUUGAAUAACCUUGUAAAUUAUAGAUUAAGUAUUGUAUGAUAUUUUAUUAUACGAAAUAAGAUUUCAAUGUAAAUAUGACCUUUUUUAGUUAUGACAGGAUUUUUUUUUGUUUCUCGACAACGCUCAGAGAAUUCUGUUACACGUUUUAUUUUGUAGGAUUUAAGUAGAUUUUUUAAUUGUAAUCCGUACCGGAACUAUUUUCUAGAAUUCGUGAAUAAUAUAAAAAAAAGUAUAAAUAUCAUGUAUAGAAUUUAUAUCGAAGCCUCUCUAUGACUAUGCCAGAAAAGCAACUGGUUGCCAUUGGUAGCUAAACCAACAAAGUAAAAACAAAGUACGGAAUUUAGUUUUAUGUUUUUAGAUGAAAUGUAAUUAAAAUUCCAUUCUUGUAUGUAUUUUAUAAUAUCAAUUAAAAAACUUAAAGGAUUUCCAUUGAAAUGUUGACAUUCCACAAAGUAUUACUUUUUAUUUUAAGUACUCAUGCAUGACAAUUAAAUACUCAUGUCCAUUCCAGUGUAUUAUUUUUAAUCUAUUUUUAUGC